AUGGCUGCUGCAAGUGUCGCUCCUGGCGUAGCUCUGCGAGAGGCCACGCAGCGAAGGCUGCAGAGGUUUUCAGAGCUGAGAGGCAAACCUGUGGCAGCUGGAGAAUUCUGGGACAUUGUUGCAAUAACAGCAGCUGAUGAAAAACAGGAACUUGCCUAUAAGCAACAGCUGUCAGAAAAGCUGAAAAAAAAGGAGUUACCUCUUGGAGUUCAAUAUCAUGUUUUUGUUGAUCCUCCUGGAGCCAAAAUUGGAAAUGGAGGAUCGACACUUUGUGCCCUUCGAUGUUUGGAAAAGCUGUAUGGAGAUAAAUGGAAUUCUUUUACCAUCCUGUUAAUUCACUCUGGUGGCUACAGUCAACGCCUUCCAAAUGCAAGUGCUCUGGGGAAAAUUUUCACUGCCUUACCUUUUGGUAACCCCAUUUAUCAGAUGUUAGAAUUAAAGCUCGCCAUGUACAUUGAUUUCCCUUCACAUAUGAAUCCUGGGAUUCUGGUUACCUGUGCAGAUGAUAUUGAACUUUAUAGUGUUGGAGAAUCUGAGUUUAUUAGGUUUGACAAACCUGGCUUUACCGCUUUAGCUCAUCCUUCUAGUUUGACUAUAGGUACUACACAUGGAGUUUUUGUUUUAGAACCUUGUAAUUAUUUAGAAUAUGGAGACCUUGAAUACAGAUGUUGCCAUUGUUUCCUUCAUAAGCCCAGCAUAGAAAAGAUGCAUCAAUUUGGUGCUGUGUGUAGACGUGGAAAUUUUUCUCAACAGGCUUUUGUGAGGGACGAUAUUCCCUCUCUUAAAGUAGACCCUGAGUAUGUCUACACAGACAGCCUAUUUUAUAUGGAUCAAAAAUCAGCGAAAAAGUUACUUGCUUUUUAUGAAAAGAUAGGCACACUGAGCUGUGAAAUAGAUGCCUAUGGAGACUUUCUGCAGGCUUUGGGACCUGGAGCAACUGUGGAGUAUACCAGAAACACAUCAAAUGUCACUAAAGAAGAGUCCGAGUUGGUAGACGUGAGGCAGAGAAUAUUUCAUCUUCUUAAGGGAACAUCACUAAAUGUUGUUGUUCUUAAUAACUCCAAAUUUUAUCACAUUGGAACAACUGAAGAAUAUUUGUUUCAUUUUACUUCAGAUAGCAGUUUGAAGUCAGAGCUUGGCUUACAGUCCUUAGCCUUUAGCAUCUUUCCAGCAGUACCAGAAUGCUCUGGCAACACGUCCUGUAUCAUUCAGAGUAUACUGGAUUCAAGAUGUUCUGUGGCCCCUGGCUCAGUUGUGGAGUACUCCAGAUUGGGGCCGGAUGUUUCAGUUGGGGAAAACUGCAUCAUUAGUGGUUCUCAUAUCGUAACAACAGCUGUCCUGCCUGCAUAUUCUUUUGUGUGUUCCUUAAGCUUGAAGAUGAAUGGACACUUAAAGUAUUCCACUAUGGCAUUUGGAGUGCAAGACAACUUGAAAAAGAAUGUUAAAACAUUGUCAGAUAUAAAGUUACUUCAAUUCUUUGGAGUCUGUUUCCUGUCGUGCUUAGAUAUUUGGAAUCUGAAAAUUACAGAGGAGCUGUUCUCUGGAAACAAGACAUGUUUGAGUUUGUGGAACGCUCGUAUUUUCCCAGUUUGUUCAUCUUUGAGUGAUUCAUUUACAACAUCCCUGAAGAUGUUAAAUGCUGUGCAGAACAAGUCAACAUUCAGCCUGAAUAACUACAAAUUGUUGUCCAUUGAAGAAAUGCUUGUUUACAAAGAUGUAGAAGACAUGAUAACUUAUAGGGAGCAAAUUUUUCUAGAAAUUACUUUGAAUAGAAAAUAG